AUGCAAGGAGGAGGAGGAGCUGAUCUCUGCAUACGGUUCUUGCAGAUCCAUUGCGGAGUCAGAUUGUUGGGGGGCAACGAAGCCAAGCCCCACUCCAGACCCUACAUGGCUUACUUGAGGAGUCCCGUGAGCUUCUGCGGUGGAUCCCUGGUGGCGCCCCAGUGGGUAAUGACGGCUGCACACUGCGAUGAGAACUAUACGGUCACCUUGGGGGCACAUAACAUCUCCGCUGAAGAACCCUCUCGGCAAGUGUUCAGCAUUGAGGCUAACUACCCACACCCUGAAUAUGAUGGGUCCACCACCUCAAACGAUAUCCAUCUGCUCAAGCUGAAUUCCAAAGCUACUCUGAAUAAAUAUGUCCAGAUCCUGCGCUUGCCCAAGUCUAACCGUUACCUCUCCAAUGGGACGCCCUGCAGCGUGGCAGGAUGGGGCGGGGUUUACAAAGACUGGGCACCAACAACACUCUAUGAGACCAAUAUCGCCAUCUCUGGUUGUAGUAGGAACGGGAAUCCUUAUCCUGAUCUCAAUGAUGGGAAGGUCUGUGCCGGGAGACUCGACAAUCCUGAGACUGUUUUCAAGGGCGAUUCGGGUGGCCCCUUGGUGUGCGAUGGCGUGGCAGAAGGAAUCGUCUCGAAUGGCAAUCCCUGCCCUCCAGCAGUUUACACUCGCGUUGGCCAUUACCUUCCAUGGAUCAAGGAAACCAUGAAAAAGCACUCGCAGUGA